GUCCGCAACUCAGCAUGGCAGCAUCUGUUUGGGCUUGCGACGACGAGGGAGCAGAUGGAGGCGGUGGUGCAGCUGUUCCCGAAAUGGAGGGACUCGAAGCCGAGGCGUUCCUUCAACAUACAGAACGCAGAGCUAUUCGCUCGCCGCUGUGAGGAACUGAAGUGCCCCGACCUCGCUCUCAACGUCUUCGCCGACCACUCAAAAUACGGCUUUGACCUCGCCUCGCCCCGCGCUGCCAGGCGGCUUCUUCACGCCCUCCACGACGAGUACCCGCUGAAGGACACCAUCACCCUUGCCGCGCUCUUCGGCGUAUACAAGCUCCCGCCCAUCUCGUCUGACCUCAUCUCCUGCGCGAUGUUCACCGCCGCGUGCCUCAAGCACCGCACCUCCCAGUCGCUCACGGUCGCGCGCCAGAUGGUCCCACAGCUCAAGGAGCUUUUGACGAACACAGACCCGAAGGAGAUGGAGCUCCCGCAGGACGGCAGGGGCUGGGUGAAGGUCGACGCGAAGGAGAAGGGCUGGCUCGCGCGGAGUUUGGCUAACGUGGAGCAGGCGCUGGGCAAGGAGGAGGGCGACCAUAGCUGGCUCAGCAAGUGGCGGCAGGACAGUGGGCACGGAGAAGCCGUGUCGCCGUGA